UUUUGCGUCCUUCCGCGCAUGUCAAUUCUCCUCAUUAUAUAUUUGGUUCUGCUUGUUUGUGGGUCUUCUGCGAGGUCGCUCUUCAAAUUUCCUGUGUAUCAAUAUAAACGCAAAGCCACAAACGAACAGUUGUUUCAGAAAGUUGCAUCAAACUGUAGUGAUACUUGCCCACUAGAACACAAUAGCUCUUCACUCGAACAUACUAAAUGUGUUCGUCUUUGUAUGAGCAGAAGCUGCUACAACUCACUUUAUGGCUUUGAUGAGCUAGAAGAAGGUGAAAUUGACGUCAGAUCUUCUUCGUUUAAAGGUUGUGUUCUGCAAAAACUGAAAGAGAAGGGUUUUCGUGUAAUAUAAAGACAUGGACAACAAACCUACGCUGAUAAGAUCAUCUUUGCCUACUGCUACUAAUUCGACAGUUAACUAUCACGAAGUAUUCAGUGAGUUGGUUCCAGUGCUGACUCAGUGUUUUGGUGUAAUUCUCUUGGGUUAUAUCGCCGGCCUUCUAAAAAUUUUUUCGGAAUCCCAAGCUAAGGGACUUAACCUCUAUGUCACUAGAUUCGCUUUGCCUACUGUAUUUUUUCGCGCCAUGGUAACAAUUAAUUUUUCUGGUGUCUGUUGGUCUUUCGUUAUGGCUAUAUCUAUAAGUAAAUUGAUCGGUUUUAUAAUGGCAAUUACGUUCACGUAUUUAAUUAGUCGACGUUUUCAUCUGGGCAUAGCUGCUAUUGUUGCUAUGUUUGUAUCUCAGACCAAUGAUGUAGCAUUAGCUUAUCCUAUACUAUAUGCUCUUUUCCCUGAUUUGGCUAGUUAUAUUUAUUUAUUUGCACCAAUCCAACUGGUUGUUCUCAAUCCAUUCGCUUAUUUUCUAUUGGAGCUAGAACGAGUCAGACUAACUAAUAGUGAGCUUAAACCGUUAAUUCAUAGUGAAGAUAGUAAUAUUGAUAGAAGACAAUUAAUUGAUGGUAAAAGCUCGAAUUUAGUCCCAUCAUGUGGUCGAUGCCAACAAUUGACACAGGUUGUGUUCAAUGUUCUCAAGAAUCCUUUAAUUUUCAUGACUUUAAUUGGUAUUAUUUUUAAUCUUAUAUUGAAGCACCAUUUACCAGUGUAUAUAGAUGGAUUGCUCAGUGUUAUAGCUGACUCCUUCGGUGCGACUGCUUUAUUUUCACUCGGUUAUGGUAUGGUUGGCAAAAUGUCUACCAUCACUCAAAGAGAAGCUUACAUUUUGACAACAAUCCUAUUGACAAAACUUUUGAUUGUUCCUUUUAUUACACGUGAACUUGUUGUUCAAAUGAUGCCUAUUGCAUUGGUUAAUGAAACAUUACGUUAUUCUACAUUUGGUUUCUUGUAUGGUACUACACCGACAGCCCCACCUGUAUUCUUAUUUGCUGCUGAAUAUCAAGUCAUACCUGUGGCCAUCGGUGUUGGUCUUGUCUUGGGAACAUUCCUAUGUGUGCCAAUUAUGUUUAUUUUUGCACGUAUUAUUACAUUGUACAACGCAGAACCAAGUGAUUAUGCAAGUAUACUUGGUACAACUGUUGAAGAUAUUUCUUGGAUUAGUAUUGUAUGCUGUAUUUGGACAUUGGGUGUACUUUGUGUUAGUCGAAAAGCUAUUCGAGUUCCUAAUCGAUUCACAUUAUGUCAUUUAAUUUGUGUGCUAUUCACUUGUACUGGAUUAUUACUUGGUCGUUUCGUAAAUUAUUAUUAUUAUGGUAUUGAAGAAAGUGUAAACGGUGGAAGAUUGAGUCAACCAAUACAUUGGUUAAAUUACAUGCAUUUUGCAAUAUUCUUUUUUGGUUCUACGGGUACACGUUGUUGGACCACAUUAAUCGCAUUAGUUCUUGUUAUGGAACGUGCACGUAGUCUAUGCUUUGUAUUACGAUAUCAAUUGCAUAUUUACUUAGCUGGCUUCUUAACACCUGCAGUUGUCACUGGUCUACUACUGUUAACAUCAUUUGGUCAUGUGGCGAAAGAUAUCGAUCCGAUUUUUCAAUGUGGUACUAAUCAACUGAUUAUAUCAAUCGUAGUUUUGAUAGUUAAUGCAUCUGGUACUUUAGCCUGUUUAAUCAGUUUUAUACGAAUCGAUGUUCCUGUACAAGAUUGUUAUGAGAUUAAACCAUCACCAGAUGUAGCAGAAGGAAUAUGUCGUUCACAAAUUUGCAGAAAUUUUAACGAUUCUGACAAAAAUGUUACCAAUCAAACACAACAGUCUCAACAAACUUCUCCGAGUAAUUCAAUCAUUACAGACAGUUGUCGAAUCACUAGAAACAUUGAUGAUUCCAAGUUACUAAGUUGUGGAAAUCCACAAGUUCCACAGUCAUGUGAUUCUGCGAAAUUCUGUAAUAAAUGUGAUAAAAAACAACGAAAAGAAUGUGCCAAAAUUCUUGCACGAUAUUGUGAAGCAGAUCAACCUUCCAUGAUAUCGUCAACAUCAGCUACGCAUCUAAUAACUCAACAAAUUUCUUUAAGACUUGAGUUAGAUAAUGUUCAUGCCCAGGAAAACAAUAAACCUCCACAUCAUAAACAUUUGAUAUUCUUAAUAUCAAUAUUAGUUACAAUGUUUUUCGGUAUUUGUCUGUGUACUUGGAGGCUUGUACAUGAUGCUCCAACAGGUGUUUACAUAGUUCUCGAAUUUUUGGAUGGUUCUUUUAAUUUUGGUCAAGGUGUAGUUUUAUUUGCAUUAUUUGGUCUGGAUGCAGAUUUGUUUAUUGCGCCGACAAAACGUUUUCAUUUCACCAGUAAACAAUUCAAUGGAAGUUCCAAUGAAGCUUUACAUCAGAAAACUGUUGAUAAGAGUAAAAUUGAUAAAAUAGUGAAUCAAUUUGUGAAAUUUCAUUUAAAAUCAUGUUCAACAAAUAUUGGUACUGGGAAAAUAAUUAAUUCAAUUCAUUACGAACAAAUAUUUUAUCAGUACACUCUGGAACAAUGGUUAAUUGACGCCGGUAUCACUGAUUCCAAUGAAGAGACAUUAUGUUAUAUAGAAUGCCUUGAAUUAGGUAAUAUUAUAACGUGUAUCAGUCCUAUGACAAAUGAAUCAUUUAUGAAUAAAGAUACAAUGACUACAAUAGCAAAUACAAAACGCUUGUUAACAUUCACUACUUAUGCUUGGGGUUUACAUAAUAUAAGUUACUAAAGAAAUUAAUUAUAAUUCAUAGCAGAAACUAUAAUAGUGUUACAUUUUUUCUUGCCUACAUUAUAUAUAUAUCUGUCACAAAUAAACAUUAGCUUUCAUAGUUAUCAGAUCAUUGACUGUUCUUGACCAUUACUUACUUACAACAUGUUCAAGCUCACUUGUCUUUCGAUGAUCAUGAGAUGUGUUUUUAUUUGCUUUUCAUAUUCUAAUCCCGAUGGGUUGACGACCAGAAGGAGAGGAAGGAAAAGUAACAUCUUCUUUCAACAUAACAACUUCAUAGUCUAACAAAACACAGUGAUAGUUGUUUAUUCCAUGAUAAUUUUCCAGCUUUUUUUUUUUCUUUUCAAUAUCAUUCCAAUGUUUGUGUAUUUUCUUCCCUGAUCAUUGACAAACUAAGAUUACCCAUCUAUUUUUGUCAUGUUGAACUUUUGUGCUUUUUUUCGUUUGUUUUGUUUUAAAAUUUGUUGUAACUGUUGCCGCUUUUCUAGUCUACACUUUUUCUUGGUUCCAUCUUUGUAUGUAUGUUUGUUGACUGCUGUCUGUUUAAACUUACAUGGAUUGUUAACUUGUAAUAAGCCACUGAUAAUGUUUGGUUAAUUAAAACAAUAAUUGUUUAGUUUAACUAAGCUAUACAUCUAAUGAAUUAGGAGAUAGGCAUAUAUAUGACUGGUAUAUUUCAUAGUUAUUGAUGUAAUAUGCUAGUAUGGCACAAAAUACCUCUUAACAAAAAAUGUCCAUAACAACUAUGUAUUCCCCUCUCUAGCACUUGGCAUAUAUGAGACACUGAGGAGAGUUGUUCAGUAUUCUCAGUCAUUGUAUCAAUCAUUGAUGAUAGGCUGAAAAAUAUCGUAACAAGUGACUUGGCUUAGGUUUUCUGAUGAUUGUCUCAACUCAUACUACUUCCAACAUCAAAUUAUAAAAUCUUU